AUGGCUAUGCUGUACGUGUAUAUCCCUUCUAUCCCGUCGACACAGCGAAAGCUCGUUCUACACAUCUACGGGAGAGGGAUGGCUAUGGGUGAGGUGCCCUCCAACAAUCUGACGCCAUUUAACUCCCGUGGAGGAUUGCUAUGCUGCUCUUCACUCGAUGGUGCCAACUCAUUUGACAUCGAUAUUGAACCGAGUCACAUUUCUAUCUCAGAUAAAAGUGCUGACGGCGGUUUUGUCGCGGGUGUUGCCCUCCUGGCACACGAUAGGGCUCUAUUUCCGCCGCUCGCAAAGCAGUUCCUCGUCUAUCCGAUGCAGGAUGAUCGGAAUACGGUGUCCAACAAAUCAAAUGAAGCUUUCGCUAUCCAGAGAACAGCCGACAGCGUCGCUGCCUGGGCCACCGUCCUAGGUGAAUAG